CGGCCACACGCACCACAGGAUAUUUAUGGUCAUCAACAGCGGACGCACCCAUGUGGAACUCACACCAUAUCUACACCCAUGUAAAUCACCAUGUUCUUCACAGAGUAACACGCCGGGAAGGACAAAUGCCGCAAUUGAUGCACAGCCGCCCCUCUGCCUCUCUCCCUGGACAGCCGGGCCCGCAUGCCUGUAGUCACACACACACACACGUGACCACGUCUGUAUGUCUUCAGUCCGUCCACUGCUUGUUAUUCAUAUUCGCUCGUCGCUCACUUUCUAGCCUGAGUCCAUUGUAGGUGUGCAUGGCUUUUGCCGACACUUCGCGCAAAGGGCUCUCAGCCAACCUACACACACACACACACAGAGAGAGAGAGAGAGAGCACAACGACCUGAGUCAUGGAUGCGUGGCGGCUUGCUGGCGACGAUGGGUUCACACCUGGCGAGUGUCUGCAGCUGUUCUGUGUGGGUGCACAGGCGGGCGGCAAGGUGCUGGUGUGCGGUGAAGCAGCACGUGCACACCAGACAAGACGACCCUGUGGCCAGACCCAGGUCGAUCAAGCCGUCGCUCAGACCUGAUAGAUUAGAUCAGGAAAGAGGGCCUGGAUGGAUGGAUGGAUGUGCCUCAUGUGUAUGACUGACGAGUGUGCGCACCUCCACAGGCAUGUAGGCCGAUGAUGAGCGUGGCAGUCAGAGGGGCGCAGGGGAGGCACCUGACGAAGUGCACAGAGCCAUCCAUUUCAUGUGCUUCCCGCAGUCACACGUGACAUACAUACUUGAGGUGCGCCGCGAAGGCGUCCAGAUCCAUGUCGUAGACGCUCAAGUUGCCGACGCCCUGACCACCCACACACCCCACGCACCACCAACCCCCCUCUCACUCUCAAGCCGCUUCUCUCUCUCUGUCUGUCUGUCUGUCUGUCUCUGUCUCUCUCUGUCUCACUCACCAGCUGCUGUGCCCCAGUCAUGGCCGCCUUUCUCGACGGCUCGUGUGGCUCCGUCAUCAACACGUCCACAUCAGGGAAGGCCACUGCACACGCCAAGGAGAGGUCUCCACGCCCCCCACCGAUGUCAAUCAGCCGGGCCGGUCGGCGUGGCGCACUGGACUGAUGCUGUCGUAGCCACUCUUGCACUCGCUUGACCAUCCACUGCACCUGACCGAUUAUGGUGUCGACAAGCACACAACGCAGUGCGUCGACGAACCUGCCUCGCGUCGUCUUGCCUUGGCUGUCUGUCUACCUGCGGGGCUUUCUUCUCGUCUGCAUACCGCAGGCGCCGCUCUCUCUGCCCAUCUGCCGUCCCAACACUAGAAUUUUCUUCUCGUUCUUCCGUCUGCUGAUGCCCAUAUGCCCCACCGCUUCCCUCUCCCCCGUCUGAAGAAUCGUUGUGGCGCCAGAGCUGCCGCAGCAAGUUGACUCUAGGGUGCACCUCACACGGGAGGCCGCCAUGGGUAUCGCCCUCGUCAAAAGAGAAGAUAUCGGUUCGCUCCUCCAGGGGCCACUUGUCGCGAAGAGGGGCCAGCUGCAUACAUACACGACACUCACAACAUGGGCCCACAAAGUUCAAAGGAGAGGUUUCAUUUCUCGCUCCCUCACCUGUUCGAGCAGUGCGAGGUCUCGUUCGUCAUGUUUGAUGGGCCUGAUGGGCACCUCAGGUAGGCCUGCCAGCCUCCUCGCCAGCCGCGUGACGCGCUGCUUCCUGGCAGAGGCAUUGCCAUGGUCUUCAUGGCCGUCUGCUGCAGACGGCAGCAGAGAUGCCAGCUGGGAAGCUGGGAUGCCCAACGCCCUGAGGCCAUCCGAUAGCAGCAAGACAACAAGGUCAUGUGGCUACGGGGGUGAGAGUGUGUGUGGGUGUGUUUCCUUACGCGGCAGUCCAUGUGCGAGGGAACCGGCCAUUCCGGCAGUCGGCAAGCAGCCGAUCAACCGCAAAGAAGGAUGGCUCAACCUGAGAACAUACAUAUUCGAUGCACACUCGACGGACAGACAGACAGACACGUGGGCCGACACACCCGCCCCACGCACCUUGAUCAUCCGGAUGUGCGUUGCCUCGACGGACAGCUGCCCGGUCCGCGUGCGCAUGGGCUGUCCGAUGAACAGCGCAUGUGUGUUUGGCGAAAGAUUGGACACCCAACACGCGAAGGAUGGACGCCCCUCCUCUGCCACAAACCCAUGCCGAGAAAGCACCACCUGAGAACACGCUGACACACCAUUCGUCGUAGGGAUCUCUCUGUCUGUCUGGUCAGACAAGGGCAUGGUCACCUGAAUGACCUGUCCGUCCUGCCCUUGCUCAGCACCGCUUCCAUCUUCCUCUUUGCCAGCAUCGCGACUGUGUUGGAUAUCGACGUCGAGGAAGGUGAGGCGGCCCUUACCAUGAAUCCUCCUCGUCCGCACCUUGCCCUCGACUGACACUCGCACAAUUACCUGGGGCUCAGAAGGGAUGAACGAAGGCGGGAUGGAGGGGAAAGCAUCAUAGAGGCCAUCCUCCCGCAUGCUUCGGAUCUGGCAGCAGGAC